UUAUUAACUAACUCGUGAUGAAGUUUCAAUUUGGAUAAUGUAAAUAUGCAAUAGAGCAGAAAUCAGGUUUUUUUUAAUGCUAGUCUCUAGCUUGAUAUUAGAUAUUAAUACAGAAGUAGAUGUGAAAAUUUUUUCGAGAGUGCUUUUAAAAUCAAUUAAUUUACUACUGUUCCAACAGUAACGCCAUUUUCAAUUUUUCAAUCAAGUCAUCAUGUUUAAAACAGAAUUUUCAAUCGUAUGGAAAAUCGAAGAUUUUUCUUUUUGUCAUGAGAAAACUGGUCAAUGCUUGUACAGCCCUGACUUCAAUAUUCCAAGUUUCACGGAUCGUGCAUGGGGACUUCGUUUAUAUCCAAGAGGAAAAACUAAAGAAGCAACAAAUUUCAUUUCCUGCUUUCUAUAUAUGCGGGGAUGGGAUAGUUUCCCUGCUUUUGAUGUUGAUAUUAAAAUACUUGGACCAAGUGGUAAGGUCUUAAAAGUAUUACAAUUGUAUGAUAAUGAAUCGAGCAAUAAAGAACAUGAAUGGGGAAGUGCAACAUUCCUUCCAGCCAUGGAUGUAACUCAAGAUGCUCGUAAUAGUAUUGAAGAUAGUCUGACUGUUUGUUGUAAGGUGCAUGGUAAAAAUCCUACUGCAGAUGAUUUUGAUGAACGCAUUGCUCAUACUAAAAUUGGUGUUGAUCGACAGUUAAUUAAAUGUCACUCUAGGUAUAGUGAAGGAAGAAUGGUGUUCCACAUUUAUUCAGAAUACUUUAAAAACAAAUAUUUUAAGUUCUCCAUUGCUUCAAAAGAUAAUAACCUCAUUGUAUCGAUGUGGAAACCACGCAAUCGAUUUUUUUGGUUUGUGGUUACAUGCAAAAUAACUAUGCUGAAUAUGAAGAACUAUGAAACCUGCUCAGAAACAUACAGACAUUUCUUCGAGGAAAAAGAAUGCACAAUAAGAAUUCCUUUAGCCAUAUUUUUAAACGAACUGAAGCGAAACGCUGUAGAAUACCAACACUCUGUGAUAAAAACUGUUUAUUUGACAGCUGAAUUCUCUUAUUCUAACGGAAUGUAUACACACUUUAUUCCAAAUAACAAAUCCUUUCGUACCAAAAUUCCUUCCAUAAAGGAUGAUCUACGAGCCUUAUUUUCUAACAAAAAAUUUUGCGAUGUGAAAUUGCGAGUGGAGGACCAAGUUAUCGAAGCCCAUAAAAAUGUUCUGGCAGCCCGUUCUCCAGUUUUUGCUGUCAUGUUUGACCAUGGUAUGACUGAAACGCAGAUGGGCAUUGUUGACAUUGUUGAUACCGAUAUUCAUAUUUUGAAGUUAUUUUUGCAGUUCUUGUACACGGAUACCGUGGAAGAAAUGGAUUAUGAAGUCGCAAUGAAUCUGUUGAUGGUGGCUGAAAAAUAUCAAGUUCUGUCGUUAAAAGAAAAGUGUUGUAUGUUUUUAAAAACUGAAAUGUCCAUUGAAAACGUGUGUGAUAUAUUUUCUUUGGCUAAUGCAGUCAAUCACGAAUAUUUGAAAUUAGCUUCUGUAGACUUUAUAAAUGGGAUUCCAGAGAAUGUUUUGCAAUCACCAAAAUUUGAAACAUGGAAGAAAAACAAUAAGGAAUUGGCGAGAACAAUUUCCUCUCAAUUGUACUUAAAUGCGUCUUCACGAAAAGCUAAUAUGUGCGGUAUUAGUUAAAUUUUGAACUCUGUCUUAUGGAUACCUUAAUUACUUUAGAUGUUACUCAAUGGAACCUUGAAGCAGUGGCGCGAUGUUCAUGGAAAGUGUGAAAUAAUGAAACAGCAAUUAUGGAACUCACAUAACAGUCUAGCAACCUUGACCAA